CACAAUGCCAUAUCACCUGAAAUGAAGGUAAUCACAACCUUGAGGUAUUUGGCAACAGGGAAAAUGCAACAAUGCAGCAGUGAUGACUUGGGUCUGUCACAACCCUCCAUCAGCAGGGUCAUCAAUCAAACAUUGACAGCAUUGUCACAACCUCACAUUGUGACACAAUUUGGUAAAUUUCCACUGGAUGCCCACACUUUGCAAGCCCACAAAAGGGCAUUUAUGGACAUUGCAGGAUUCCUUGGUGUUGUGGGUGUAAUUGAUGGGACACAUGUCAGAAUAAUUGCACCAUCAGAAGAUGAAGCCAUCUUUGUGAGCAGGAAAAGAUUUCACAGCAAUCAAUGUUCAGCUUGUUAUGGCCAGGCUCAACACAUGAUGCCAGAAUGCUCUCUGAGAGUGGUCUCAGACAGCUUUUCGAGGGACAUUAUGUGCCAGCCAAUUGCCACCUGUUAGGGGACAGUGGCUACCCAUGCAAACCAUGGCUCCUAACACCUUACCUCCAGCCACACCAAGGGCCGCAACUAAACUACAACAGGGCCCAUAAGAGAACAAGGGCAGUUGUGGAGCGUGGCAUUGGCCAAAUGAAGAGACUCUUUCAUGUCCUCCAUGGAGAGGUGUGGCUGACCCCUGAUAAAGUCUGCAAAGUCAUCGUGGCCUGUGCAAUACUGCACAACAUUUGCAAGGCUCGGCAGAUUGCGGAACCUCUUGAGGGUGAUGGUGAUGAGGAGAGCGAUGGUGGUGGUGGUGGUGAAGAAAACAUUGACUUUCUACAGGGGAACUUGGCUCAAAGUGGACUACCUUACAGAGCCCAAAUUUACAUUUCAGGGAUGGUGUUGGAGCAGCAGGUGCAGCAAGCAGGGAUGGUGUUUGAGCGGCAGCAGCGGGCAGGCUGGACUCUGUCUGAUGGUCGGCCACCACUGGACUAG